AUAUUAUCAGCGAGGGACUGGUGGUGGCAUGUGGGACGACGCCCCGCCGACGUCUCCAGGGUAGUCCGCCACAGCUACUGGUCCCCGCACCACCGCCCAUACUUCGCCUCUGGAACACACACUCGCUUCUGAGGAGCUCAACCAAUCAGAGCGAGAGAGAGAGAGAGAGACCUUCACCUGUGACGUCAUAGCUUUAAGAGACUAUUGAGUUUUCAAGAUCUUAUCACUAAGGAGUCCUCUGACCAAGGAUACGAUUACUCAGCUGUUGACUGACAGUAAAUGACCAGAACCACUGUACGAGAAGUCAGCCACAACCCGCCAUGAACUACCGGUGGAGUGGUCACCACAUAUGAACUACCACAUCCCAACCAGGACUCGCUGCCACAACCACAAUCCCAGGUCACCUACAUCAGCCAAGACGACGCCAAAGAAGCCAGCGCAUAUCCAGCACCACCACAAGACCGAUUCCGGAGCGACGCACCACCACCGGGCACCCAAACCUCUCCAGCCGCACCCUAGAGCUUCGAAGUCCCUCCAUCAGGCGCCCAAGACAUCGAAGUCGCCUCACCUUCGGGCUCCCACUACCACUCACCGGCCGUGGCUGAGUCUGAAGCCACGAGCCAUGUUCCACAAGCUACGGUCGCCUACGGAAUCAUCCGGUAUCGCCUACAUUACUCCAAGGAGGGAAGAAUUUACCAAAAAGGGAAGCGGCAUGUCGACCUCCACUUCGUGUAGUCCGGUGGGCAGCAGCGGCAGCAGCGGCAGCAGCAGCAGCAGCAGCAGCGCCCUGUUAUCCUCUGGGAGGCUGCACCACCAGGAGCUCCACGACCUGCUCAGCUGUCCCGUGUGCCUGGAGGAGUACCAGACGGAGAAGCAGGGAGGGCGGGAACCUCUCUUCCUCGCCUGCCACCACAGUGUCUGCCGCGUCUGCCUGCCCAAGCUCAUCAAGGUCCAUCCUAGCAAGACGGACAGGAUCAACAGCAAGGAUGUGGGAGAGCUCUCGUGCCCAGAGUGCCGGCUGGUGACGCUGGUGCCACCUAGCGGACUCUCCCAGAACUUCUACCUUGUCAGCCUUAUUGAGUCCGGCAGGAAGAAAGCCAAAGGAGUAUCCAGUCGUCUGCGCAUGUGGUGCCGGGAGUGUGACACCGUGGCACUGGAGACCUGUGCCGGCCACCACCUCACCCACCUCACUGCCGUCCUCGCCACCUCCCUCACCACCUACACCACCACCUGCGCCAGGGUCACCACCCUCCUACAGGUGAGGGCCAGGAAGAACGGGGAGGAGGUGCAGGAGGUGAAGGAGGCCCUGGAGCAGCUGGACCGCGCCUCCACCUCCCUCAGGAGGCGGCUGGUGGCCCAUCUGGACCACGCCACCCUGGCCCAGGCCACCGCGAACUCCCUCCUGCAUGAGGUCGAAGAUAUGAACCGUCAAGUAGAGUAUGACGGAAAACUGACAGACCAACCCCGUCUCCCCUGUCACCAGCACCAGGAGCUCGGGUAAGAAGACAGACAGGCCGAAG